GUACCUGUACUGCGGCGAACUGACAGUGCUGCUGGUCCAGGCCAUCCCCCUGCACAGGCUGGCCACCAAGUACGGCGUGGCCUCCCUGCAGCGGGGAGUGGCCGACUACAUGCGCGCGCACCUCGCAGGCGGCGCAGGCCCGGCGGUGGGCUGGUACCACUAUGCGGUGAGCACCGGAGACGAGGCCCUGCGCCAGAGCUGCCUGCAGUUCCUGGCCUGGAACCUGUCGGCCGUGGCGGGAAGCACCGAGUGGGGCGCCGUGAGCCCUGAGCUUCUGGCGCAGCUCCUGCCGCGCUCGGACCUGGUGCUGCAGGACGAACUGGAGCUGUUCCACGCGCUGGAGGCGUGGCUGGGCCGCGCUCGGCCGCCAGCCGCGGUGGCUGAGUGGGCUCUACGCGCCAUCCGCUACCCCAUGAUUCCACCGGCGCAGCUGUUCCAGCUGCAGGCGCGCUCGGCCGUUCUGGCGAGCCACGGCCGGGCUGUGGCUGACCUCCUGCUGCAGGCCUACCAGUUCCACGCCGCCUCGCCCCUGCACUACGCCAAAUUCUUCGAUGUCAAUGGCAGCGCCUUCCUGCCCCGCAACUACCUCGCGCCUGCCUGGGGCGCCUCGUGGGUCAUCAACAACCCGGCCCGCGACGACCGCAGCACCAGCUUCCAGACGCAGCUGGGUCCGAGCGGCCACGACUCGGGCCGCCGCGUCACGUGGAACGUGCUCUUCUCGCCACGCUGGCUGCCUGUCAGCCUGCGGCCAGUCUACGCGGAUGCC